AUGGUGCGCAUGGCCGACACUGAUGCAAAGGCUGUGGCCAACAACGAGUCGCAGGUUCUCAACAAGAGAAAGCCCGUCCACUUCAUACCCAACCCGACAAACAUCUCAGACAAUGCGGAGGUUCGUACAGCACCGUGGCGAUUGGGCGGGGAAGCGGUCAUCUGACGGUAUAACAUAGGUGUACAUCAUGCGAGGCACCAACGAGGUGUUCACGGACUACGAGAAGUAUCUGAAGCGGUAAGCAGUGCCAUACACGUGGACAAUUGUCAGAUGAAGUCGCUAACUCGCCACAGAUUCGACUGGCUCAACCAGGUACCCUUUUCCAAACCUCCCACUAGAUCGUAAUCACUGACACCCCGCAGAAAAGAUUCACAGACGCGGUUAAUGGCAAGUCUGGCCUGACUUUCUGGGACGCCCUCGAGUCUGAGGUAUGACAUCACAUGAUUCGAGGCGAAUGAUUUUACGCUGACCUUGGCCUAGACCAAGAGCUCGGCGUCGAUCGAGAAUGUCUUUCCGGAGGUAUUACGAGACCCAAUUCUACGCAAAGUGCAGUUCUCGACGACAUCGCGAAUGGAUGAGCUCGGUAAGUCCCGACGUAUACCGUCUGAUGUUAAUCAAGCUGACAGCUGCCAGUGAACGCAAUUUACGACGAGUUCAAGCAUGACUUCUUCCCUGGUGAAGAGGUCAUAGUCGUGUUGCCGGAAACUGAACAGAUCAGAGGCACCAUCCGUGAAAAGGCCAAGUUCCCGAUGAUCCGUGGCGCCGAUGGAUCCGUUCAACGCGCUCCUUUCUCGCGAUACUUUGUUCGUCUCGAUUCAUCGCAACUGGAGGAGGCUCUGUUGGACGACAAUUAUAUCCGGCGCGACAAGAAGAUAUUUACCAAGCAAAAUCUGCGCGCUUUCUUAAAGAACUCUUUACAACGAGAAUCCUGGACGGGCGCUCCCUGGCUUGUAAGGGAAAAGCUUGCCAUCCAGUAUAGGCUGCCGAUGGAGAUUCCUGCACACCUCCUACAGGACGCCAAGCUUCUACAAAACAAGCAGCAUAUGCUCGGAAUGCGCCCGCCAAAAGGCAAGAGAGCGAAGAACCUAUCCCCCGAGGAGCAAGUGCGGUUGGAGCAGGAACAUGUGCAGUUCCAGAUGCAACAGCAACAACAGCAGCGACAUCCUGGCGCACCUCCUCAUCAGGUGCCAAGUCAACCGCACAUGCCUGGACGUAUGGAGAACCGUCCUCCUCCACCGCCACCCAUCAAGUACCCAAUCGAGGAUCUGGACAUCGCACCCAAGCGGAAUGGAGUCACUCGCCCAGAGCUCAAGUUCUUCACAGAGGAAAUGACCAAGUACGUCGCUGGCAAUCGCAAGACACCCUGUACGGAUAUUCAGAUGGUAUCUAUGGGACUAUUACUCGAGGUCUGGAACACUCUCAACGUACAGGCCGAAGUGUAUCAGCUGGACAGCUUUACGUUUGAUGACUUUGUCGAUGCGAUGCAAUUCCUCUCGGAAGACAUUACUUGCGAACUCUUCGAAGAAGUGCACUGCGCCGUGCUCAAGCUCUUCUUGGACGAAAAGGGCCGAUUACAGGUGAAGGACUUGCCUAAGAAAGUGGAAGAAGCACCCGAGGAAGAUUCUGAGAUGCAGGACGAGAGCGAAGUAUCCACGCCCCUUCCAGAUGCGCCGGCGCGCUCCACGCGCAGUAGGCUCAGCUAUAUGGAGUCUGCGGCCGACAUUGCCCAGAUUCCAGUGGAGAAGGGCAAUCGUGCCGCCGAGAUGCUUGCAGAUCGCGACUGGUUAGAACGUCUCACCGCUCAAGACUUCACUAAUGGAGGGUGGCAGGUCAUUGUUGUCGGAAUUCUCCUACAGCUAUCAACAUCACCUGCAUACAAGGAAAAAUGCGAGAAGAUACUAGCUCACCUCGCACCCGCGGAUGCGGAGCCCACCCAAGAGACAGCUCGGAUCCAAUACGCCUCCAUGGACAUCAACUUGCGAAUUACUGCAUUGCAGACUUUGGUGAUGCUCACUGUGCGAACUGAGGCCAUCAAGAACUUCUUGGACACUUGCAGCGAGGAUAUGACCGAUGUAAGGAAGCGGAAGAUCGAGCAUCAGCGAGAGAAGAAGACCGCCAUGGAAGAACUAGCCGCGAAGGACCGAGAACGAAAGAUUUUACUCCCGGAAAACAUGCCGGAAUCACCCAAACCGGAGAUUGUCGAGCCGGAUGUCACAGAAGAGACCAUCGAAGGAAGCUCGCCGGAUCCAGAUGACGAUGCACCGACCUCAGGACGGUCACUGCGACGCGGCAAUGACCGCAAGCGAAAGCGAGAAGAGGAAGCUGCCAAGCGCGAGAAGGAGAAGUCGGAGAAAGCUGAAGCGGCCAAGGCUCAAUCCAAGCAGUCGAAAGAGUUCAAGAAGAUUCUUAACGAGAUUGAUGAGCUGCGGCGACAAAUCAAAGACCACGAAGACAAGAUCGCCGAGUGCGAUGCCGACCUGCGCGAGGCUAACGUCCAGCGCACGAAGGUACUUGGAAAGGAUCGCUUCUGCAAUCGAUACUACUGGUUCGAACGCAACGGGCAGCCAUUCGGCGGUCUUCCUAGCUCGAGCACCGCCAGCUAUGGGUAUGCAAACGGUCGGAUAUGGGUACAAGGUCCUGACCAGAUGGAACGCGAGGGCUUCAUCGACCGCAGCAAGGACGAGCAGGCUCAGUACCAGCGGCUAUUCAACAUGACCGUGCCGGAGCGUCGCCAGCGAGAAGAAGGCAACACGAUUCUCAAAAGCGCUGAGGAGUGGGGUUUCUACGACAAUCCGGACCGACUUGACAACCUCAUUGGCUGGCUGGACGAGCGCGGCGAGCGUGAGAAGAAGCUGCGCAAGGAGCUUAUGGAGUGGCGCGACCGAAUUGCGGAAUAUAUGGAAGCACACAAGCGAUUCAUGAGCGAAGAGGCGGCGAAGAAGAUGGAGGUUGAUGAAGAGCAGACAGGUCGAGUCAACACACGCCACAAGGUCGCGGAAGAACAGACAGCGGCGAAGGAGCGCUGUCUGAGAUGGACGAACUCGAUGGCCAUCGACGAGCUCGGCCAUUUGCACUCCCAGCCGAAUCCUAAGCCGAAGAAGCAGGGUUCACAGCGUCGUGAGCCCAAGGGUGUUGCGGUCCCGCUUAACCGGAACGGGAAACCGGUCACUCGGCAGGGUGACAAGUACAGCUUCAAGUAG